GGUACCUAGCUGACGCAGCCAACUUCACGCGAGACGCACCGAAAACAAAAACGAAAAUAAUUAAGGGAAUCCAACAUAAAAAGCAAUUAAAAAGGACCAUGAACGUAGACCUGCGAUCUUACUCGCGCCACUGGCUCACGGAGUUCAUCGAGCAGUACCAGGAGGAGGAAUGCCUGUGGCAGCCGAAGCACAACGACUACAGUAACCACACAGCGCGGAACAAGUCCUACGACCGCCUGGUGGAGAAACUAAAAGAAGUGGAGCCCAAUCCGGACAGGGCGAUGGUAGUCAGAAAAAUCAACUCGUUACGCUCCGCUUUUCGGCGGGAAUUCCGCAAGACGAAUAGCAAAAACGACUACGAAACGCGUUUGUGGUAUUACGACAAGCUGCUCUUCAUCGCCGAUCACAAGCCCAAACGGCAUGAACUGGGCAACAAGCCCAAGCGGGAGCUCCAGAUCAGCUUCGACGAUGAGGAGUCAAUGGAAUUCGAGGACGAGUCACAUCACACGGGCACGCAAUCGCAGCACAUGGACUCGAUAAUGCCCACGUCCUCGGACGAAGUGGAGGAGGUGGGGGCAACGGCCAGCAAUGUGGUGGUCAGUAGCCAGGGCGCUACCCUGAGCACCAUUUCGGUGACCCCAGCGGAGUGUGUCACCCUGGUGAAGAGCGAGGAGCACCAGGCGGCCGAGGCAGCGGCAGCAGCCCAGGCGCACCAGCAAUUGGUGGCCCAUGCGGCCGCACAGACCUCCAUUGCGGCGGCGGCGGCUCAAGGCCACGCCGUAAAGGUUCUGGAGAUCACAUCCUUGGAUUCAAAUUCCCAGCGAGAGAUACAACAGGCGGUCAAUUCACUGGAGCACCACCAGCAACAGUUGCAUCUGCAGCAGGCCAACGGUCAACACCAGGGCGUUCCCACUAUCCAGAUUGGACGCGAUCAUUACCAGCCAUUGUUUGGCAAUGCCAGUACCACUGCCUAUACCACCACAGCAGCCCCGAACACAUCACAUCGGCAUGACGACGAGUACGACGCCAUCGGCGUGAAUGUCGCCAGCAAGCUGCGCUCUAUGAAUCCCACGCAGCGCAUCGUGGCGGAGAAGCUGAUCAGCGAUGUUCUGUUCAAUGCCCAGCUCGACAACCUCACCGUGAACUCGGCCCUCGCGCAGUAAUCUCCAUCGCCCCUCUAGGAUUAGUAUAUGUAGUCUCCGUCUUUGUGUAGUCUAUUCUGUCUGUGUCCCAACCUCCUGCCUGACCAGCCAUUUUCGCUCGGCCAGCAACUGAUUGUACCAUACCGUUUGUAUGUAGUUUUAAUUAUUCUAUACAAUAAAUAGAUUGUAUGUUUUAAGCUCA